AGAUGAUGGUGUAUUAUCUGCCGAUAAUAAUCAAAAGAAGAAUGACCGAGGGUUCCCAGCUGAAUAUCGUCCUCCGGGUCAUUUUGUGGCUUUGCUUUGAGCAGGUGCUGCGAGAUGUGGCUGCAGGCAUAAAUCCAACUGAGACAACUGACUCAUCGAACCUGUUGUAUGAGCUUUUGCUGGGUGGGGUGGAGUUCGAUCGGGACAACAACAUCGUCCUGCUCGACAAAGAAAUGGCGUCAAUGAGGCAGGGGCGAGCUUUUCUGUCUCAGAUCAAUGACAACGUUCCAAGAAGUCUGAGCUCCAUGGAGCAGAUGGUGGACGCACUGGAGGGCCAGAGGAGCAGACCGCUGGCACAGCUUCAGUUUGAAAAUCUUGUGCUGAGCAUGGUGUACUCUGCGCACCAGGUUUCGCAUCAGGAGAGGAAGGAGGAACAAGAGGCCUGGGGUGGAGUUCUCCUUAAGCUGGCAAACAUCACGGUACAUGAACUGCGAGGGAAUUACUUCUUCAUGUAUACUUAAUGCUCAUGUAUAAAACAAAG